GGGAAAUACUUGUACGGACGCCUGCCCCGUGUUUGAUACGGUCCGUUCCCGUCGUUUUGGUUCUUCCCUUCACUCCCCGAGUCGUCAUAUUUUGUUUUCUCCCUCUUUCCCCUCACGCAUCAGUUCUCUCCUUUGGCGUCGACAGCGGGCACGUUUUGAGGGUUUAGGGAACACGUCGGGAAGAGAAAAUAAGGUCGCAUUCCGAUAUACACAGAAACCCGAGCAUGAUACCGGACCCUUGAGUUUGAUCUUGUCGUUUCCGUUCCGUUCCGUCCCUUUUUUUUUCACCCUUCAUCUUUUCGGGUUUUCUUUUCUUCUUCUUCGAAACACCUCGUCCAGCAUGGCCCAGGCAAUCGAGGCCGCCGUCAGGGUUAUCGCCCGAGCCGCUCAAGCCCAGGCUGAGGAAGGCCCUCUUGCAGGACCUGGGGCGCCUGGAGGGCCUGCAGCACCGCCCGUUUUCACCGACGAUUACGAGUACCCGUACUCGCCACUUCAACAUGUCGGAUUUUUCAUCCUCUUCUUCUUCCCCGCGCUCGCCCUGAUCGCUGUCAGCCUGCGAAUCUACACCAGAAUUAAGACGAAACAACCAGGAUGGGACGAUUUCUUCAUCGUGUUGGCCAUGCUCGACUCUCUCGCCGAGACGGGAGCCUCCUACGUAGCCAUGCGCAAGGCCUUCCUCGGUGUCCACGUGUGGGAUAUUCCUCCCCAGGCUGAUCCGAGAGAGGGCCAAAAGUGGAAUUUCAUCAUCCAGAUCCUCUACAACCCUAUCCUCGCCCUCGUCAAGACGUCCAUUUUGCUCUUCCUGCUGCGCCUCGGCGGCCAGCAGCGUCGCGUCCGCUGGGCCAUCCAUCUCCUGAACGCCUUCAAUCUUUCGCUCAUGGUGGCCAUCUUCGUCACCGUCAUCUUCCAAUGCACGCCCGUCAGCUUCUUCUGGGAGCAGUUUGGACCGGGCGCCGACCCCAACGGCAAGUGCAUCAACAUGGGCGCUUUCUACGUGUCCACUUCGGCCCUCAACGUCUUGACCGACCUCCUCGUGCUGGCUCUUCCUUUUUGGAUUUUCCUCGGCUUGAAGAUGCCGAAGCGGGUGAAGAUUGCUCUCCUCGGUGUCUUUGCGCUUGGUGGAGUUGUCACCAUCAUCAGUAUCUUGCGUCUCGUCUGGAUGAUCGACGUCUCCUUUUACCCAAUGGGCCCCGACCCGACGUACGACAUCCGCUUCACCUACUCGGCCGUCGAGACGAACCUGGCCAUCAUCGCCGCCUCGGCGCCCGCCCUGCGCGGCCUCUUCGUCAAGUGGUUCCCCCGGAUCUUCUCCUCGCUCAAGUCGACGCGGCAGCCCGGGUACGGGUACCAGGGCGGUACGGGAGACAAGAAGCAGUCGAGGGGCCACAACACGGGCACCCUGGGCAGCCACCUCCAGACCAACGGAGACUCGUCGUUCCAGAUGAAGAACAUGAAGAGCGGCGUCCGGUCCACCAUGGGCGGCAGCUCCCCGACGACCAGCGAGGAGGAGAUUAUGCGGUACAACGGGAUCAUGCGCACCACGGACGUCGACGUCGUCUUUGAUGAUAAGAGCUCGGCUAAGGGGGAGGACGGCCGUGGGAAGGUGUCCGCGGACGAUCAUGAGUUGGGACCCAGGGUGUACUCGGCCGCCGAUCGCAGCCGGGGAAGCUUAUGAUUGUGUUGACCACUUGUACACGUGUACGGAGUAUCAUCUCGCUUGUUCUCGGUGAGGGGAACUCGUCUUAGUUGGCGCCCCCCCCCCUCUCUUCUUUUUCUUCAUCUCUUUCUUCACCCCCCUAAGAUUCCUUGUUGGCUCUUUUGGACGAGAUUCAGGACCCUUUCCACGAAAUUCUUUUUACCGAUUUAAUGCAUAUAUGGGCCGAGUAGCACAGUCAGACGGAGA